CCUUAUUUUGUAAAGAAUUAGGUUUGGUACAAAAAGAAGCCUACAACUUACAAGAUUCCAAAGAAUAAAGUCAGUCGAGAAAGAUCGAUUCGAAGAGCUUGACUGUAUUUUUUGUGUGUUCAAUUUGAAGAUCUAUCCUACGUAUGACAUAGUUUGGCUGGUCGCCUUGACAAGAAUAUGGACAAUAAAGGAUAUUUAGAUGAUGUUACAAGGACUGGUUUAAAGCUAUCACCUACGAAUCGACCAGAAUCGGCGGUGGAUAAUGGAAGUGAAUUACCCUACAACACCACUGAUAACGACGAUGUUGAAGGUGAACAUGAGAAAUGGGGAAACGAUAUUGAAUUCCUGCUCUCGUGCAUAGCCCUUUCGGUGGGACUUGGAAAUGUUUGGAGGUUUCCAUUUGUGGCGUUGGAAAACGGCGGUGGAGCUUUUAUAAUUCCCUAUGUUAUUGUUCUGGUGUUAGUCGGUAGACCAUUUUACUACAUGGAAAUGAUAAUGGGACAGUUUUCAAGCAGAAGUAAUAUCAGAAUCUUUGACUUUGCACCUGUUAUGAGAGGUGUUGGAUAUGGAAUGGUUUUUGUAACAUCGAUGACAACAACGUAUUAUGCGAGCUUGAUGGCAUUGACUUUUCGUUAUCUGAUAUCAUCAUUUGCUUCAGAAUUGCCAUGGAGUAAAUGUCGGGAAGAAUAUGGACCAACUUGUAUCAAUUCGGAUUUAACUGGGAACUUAACUGGUAACGAAGGAAAGAAAGUCACUUCAGCACAAUUUUAUUUUUCUGAAGUUAUUCUCCGCGAAAAAACUCAAAUCGACGAUGGAAUCGGCUAUCCCAACUGGGAUCUAGCGCUGUGCCUGGCAUUUUCCUGGUUCGUUGUAGCCAUAAUAAUGAUCAAGGGUGUAAGAAGUUCUGGAAAGGCCUCAUAUUUUCUAGCAAUAUUCCCAUAUGUUGUGCUAGUCAUACUUCUAAUUAAAGCCUUGACACUUCCUGGAGCCUUUACAGGUGUGUUGUAUUUCCUAACACCGCAAUGGAAUAAGCUGUUGUCCCCUCAGGUCUGGUAUGCAGCUGUGACGCAGUGUUUCUUCUCUUUGUCAAUUUGUUUCGGAAGCAUUAUAAUCUACUCCUCCUACAACAAAUUCUCUCACAAUGUCAAAAGAGAUUCAGAUAUUGUCACCUCUUUGGACACUUUCACAUCGCUUCUAUCCGGGGUGGUAAUUUUUGGAAUUCUGGGAAAUUUAGCUCAUGAAACUGGCAAUGAAGACAUUUCAAAGAUCGUCCAAGGAGGAACGGGCCUAGCCUUCGUGUCAUACCCAGAUGCGAUUUCGAAGUUUUCAGUCGUACCACAACUCUUUUCAGUUUUGUUCUUUUUGAUGCUAUUCGUUCUAGGAAUUGGCAGUGAAGUCGGUCUAGCGACCUGUGUUAUGACAUGUCUCAUGGAUAAGUUUCCAAAUACCAAACACUGGAUUAUAGUGACGGGAAUAGCAGUAGUUGGCUUUGGUAUAGGGCUUGUCUAUGUUACUCCCGGAGGUCAGUUCAUUUUGAAUUUCGUCGAUUAUUAUGGAGUCACAUUUGUGGUUUUGGUGGUGGCUAUUGCUGAAACUGCAGCUUUCGGAUGGAUUUAUGGAGUGAAAAGAUUCUGCAAUGACAUACAGUUUAUGUCAAAUAGUGAAACUAGUCUCUACUAUCGACUCUGUUGGGGUAUUAUAACUCCAGUCUUUAUGAUAACUGUUUUGAUUUAUACCUUUGUUGGGUAUGAACCCAUCAAAUACAAGGACUAUUCGUAUACAACGGGAAUGUAUAUUUUUGGUUGGUUUAUAUCGGGAUUGGGAAUAGUUCAGUUGGUGAUAUGGGGUGUUAUUGGAUACUUCGAACAACCAGCUGGUGACGAAAGAUUGCUGAGAGCUUUCCUGCCAAUGGCCGAUUGGGGACCGUUGGAGAAGAAAAUGUUAAUACCAUAUCAAGCAAUGAUGGUAGAGAAUGAACGGAUCAGUUUACAGAGGAAAAGUUACUGGUCUAAAUUUAAAGAAAAUAUUAUUGGUUGAGUUAUUUUAAGAUGAUUAGUUUUAGUUAAAGUUGUAAGUUUAAGUAUAAAGAUGUACUUAUGUUGUGGUAAGGAUAGUUAAGUAGGACAUUUCUUUUAUAAAAAACAAUCAUAAAUGAAUUAAAAUAAUACUAAAGGA